AUGAAGAAAACUUCCAAGGAGAACAAUAAUUUCAAAGUUCCUGAUACAGAAUUGAAUUCCACGGAUGCUGAAAGGGGAAAAAAAGAGAGUCCAAGUAACUUUGUUGAAAUGCUGCCCCUGGAAGUCACUUCUAAAAUUUUCAGCCAGCUAGACAUUCAGAGUUUAUGCAGAGCUUCCAGGACAUGUACAAGUUGGAACCGUGCAAUAAGAAACAAUGACAGCUUGUGGAAACCCCACUGUUUAACCAUAAGAGCUGUGUGCCAAAGAGAAAUAGAUGAUGAUAUAGAAAAGGGUUAUACCUGGAGGGUAAUACUCCUAAGAAAUUACCAGAAGAGCCAAGUGAAACACGAUUGGCUAAGUGGCAGAUACAGCAACAUUCGUUCUCCUGUUAGCCUGCCAGAAAAGGCUAUGUGCCCCAUGGAUGCAGAUACGUGGGGGGAAAUUCUAGAUGCAGAACUGGAAAGAGAAGUUGAAAAAAUCACAAUAGUUUGA